AUGAUUCUGUUAUGGGUCACACUGCUUCUUCUUCAUCGAGUAUAUUCACUGAUUCCAGCAGUCACAGUUGAACUUGGAGAACCUGUGACUUUGACAUGUAGCGUUGAUUAUAAAAAUCAGGAUGUAAUACUUCAGUGGUUGAAGCAGACUGUGAUUCAAACCCUCGGGGUUUCUCAACGGAUCUCUUUGACUGAAGCUGCACUUGGUGAAAAUGUGACUCUGUCAUGUAAAGUCCUUGAAGUUAAACCAGGGUUGUUUUACUGGUUUAAGAUGGGUUUUGGACAUGUGGUCCAAACAAUUGUUCUCGGGAGUUUUGACAAGUUAGUCCUUCAGGGUCAGUUUAACAAUUCAAGGUUCAACGUGACGAGAGUUGGUAACACAUAUUUUCUCACCAUACAAAAUGUGAGAAAAGAGGAUGAAGCGACUUACCUCUGUCAGGCGGGGACAGCAUAUACAAUGAAAUUCUUUAAUGAGACUCACGUGGCUGUGAAUGAUCCGAAUAAGAAGCUGAAAGCCUUAUAUGUGAAACAAUACCCAGAAAGGGAGCAGGUCCCCCCGGGCAGCACUGCGACUCUGCAGUGCUCGCUUCUUUCGGGGAACGAAGAACCCGACGGAUGUCCAGGUGAACGCCGCAUGUUCUGGUACAGAUCUGGAUCAGAACAGGAUCCAGGCGUCAUUUACACCGGCAAUUUCAGCUGUGACGAUCAAGAAAGAAGAAGCUGUGUUUCCCAUCUGUCCAAACCCAUCCAGAACCAUUCAGACACUGGAACUUACUACUGCGCCGUGGUGGCAUGCGGAAAGAUCCUUUUUGGUAAAGGGACUACGCUUGAGACAAAACAAGAAUUCCCCCUCAUCAUCGUGCUUGGGACACUGCUGGCCUUCAUGUCGCUUUUGAGUAUUGCUUUGAUUCUCACCAAGAUAAUGCAAAAGCAAGUUUGUGAACAUUGCAAA